AAGGAAUAUGUCAUAUUAAAAUACAUUUGUGGGUUAAAACAUUAUGCGUGUUAAACUCUCGCAUUUGAAAUAAAUAAAUGCAUUAAUUACACAAUUUCUGUGCAUUUUAUUUCAUUACAAUGUUCAGAAAAACUACAUUUUCAUGCAUCACGUCACAUGACUCAAUUUUGGUCAUAUGAUCAGACUAUAUCAGCUCAGCUGACAUCACGACUUCAUUUCUGCAAGACGUGAGGAGGAAACGUGACGAUGUCUGUAAGUAUUCAGCCUAUCCAGUGGACCUCUGACUGCAAAGACCCGAAUUUUGAUGGCAUUAUCCUAAUAACCCAAAGUUAUGAGCAGCUGCCUGCUGAGCUGGAGUGUUUGAAAGCACCGUUGCAGGACUACAGUGCUGUGGACUGUUGCUUUGGGGAAGAGGUCGUGGUUGUCAAGGCUCCUGGUCUCCCUGGUAACAGAUUGGUGUUUGCCUGCACCGGUCCAGUGAAUCGGGACUAUGAUGAUGUCCGGCGGUUCAGCGAUGCUGCUGCUAAAGGCGUUAAGAGGGCUCUGAAAACCGGCAUGCAGCGCCCUCUGCUGGUUUGCCCCCCACACAACAGCUAUGCAAAAAACACCCUGACAGCUGUGCUAGGAGCCCUGCAAAUUCUCUACAUGCCUCUAGAGGUGAGGGAGUCCAAGUCGUCCCCCGGCCAUAAGGUGUCGAUUCUGGGCAUCUGGGUGAACAACCAGACUCAGGGAGACGCCAUUACUGAGAUGGCCACUGCUCUGGAGAGCGGCAGGUUUGUCUGUCGUGAUAUCGGUGGCUCUGACCCGGAGAGAAUGGCUGCCCCGCGUGUGUCUGAGUAUGUUCAAGCAGUCUUCAAGGAUAGUCCUGUAACGGUGACUGUAGUGAGUGAUUUGAAAACUCUGGAGAAGGAGUACCCCUGUUUGGCUGCAGUCAACCGCUGUGCUAACACUGUGCCGCGACAUCAGGCCAGAGUGAUCAAGCUGCUGUACUGUGGAGAAGGACCCAUUCAACAGACUCUCAUGGUGGUUGGCAAGGGCGUUACGUACGACACCGGUGGAGCUGACAUCAAGGCCGGUGGAAUCAUGGCUGGAAUGCACAGAGAUAAAUGCGGAUCUGCUGCUGUUGCUGGAUUCUUCCAGAUCAUAGCCAAACUGAAGCCCAAACACCUGAAGGUUGUGGGCGCGAUGGCAAUGGUGCGGAACAGUGUCGGGUCUGAUUGUUAUGUGGCGGACGAGCUAGUGGUGUCUCGCGCUGGUCGUAGAAUCCGAAUUGGAAACACUGAUGCUGAAGGAAGAAUGGCCAUGGUGGACUUGCUGUGUGAGAUGAAGGAGCAGGCGUUGCGGGAAGUGUCUCCUCAUCUCUUCACUAUUGCCACUCUGACCGGACAUGCUAUCAGGGCCAUGGGGGCGUACUACUCGAUCAUAAUGGAUAACGGUGCUGCUCAACGCUUAGGAAACGCUCUGCAGUGGCAGAAAGCGGGAGAGGUGCUGGGAGAUAUGUUUGAGGUGUCCACUGUCCGUCGAGAGGAUUAUGAGUUCCACAAAGGGAAGUCUGAGUACGAGGAGAUCCUCCAGUCCAAUAACCUGGCUUCGUCUGCCACGCCACGCGGACACCAGGCGCCCGCCGCAUUCCUCAUCAUGGCUUCUGGACUGGAUAAGCAUGGAGUGGACUCGGACAAACCUCUGCCUUACUCCCAUAUCGACAUUGCAGGAUCCUGCGGCCCUUUCCCUGGGGUCCCAACAGGAGCCCCAAUACUUGCCAUGGCGGCAAACUACCUGCAGCUCUAAACAUCCGUCCAAUGAUUUUCUGUUCCUUAAUGAAUUCAAUUAUUUCUGUCUUGUGCCAUUUCUCGAUUAAUGGCUUUCAUAUCUGCUCCGUCUGACACAGAGUGGCCAAAUAAUGGCACUUUUAUCCUUCCAUUUAUGAAUGCCAUCCAUCUUUAUCAUUUUAUCACUUCAGUUCAUACAUGCAUACAUGUCCUUAAAAAAACCCAUAUGCUCCUCUCUCAUACACAUCUGAUAUAAUGUUAUCAUUUUGAACCGGUGCAGGUUCUCUGUAUCUUAUACGCAUUUACCGAAAUGAAUUAACCAAAGCAAAGUGUUUUAUUUCCAUUCUUACCCUGUAGCCUUACAGUUUCUCCGUUGAUGUGACGUUAAAGAGAGGGGGAAGAAGUUGAGCCAGUGAUUUGAUAACACAUUUCAUCUGUGAUUUUUUUAGCAAUACUGUUAGAUUGAGAAUAUUGCAUAUUGUGUAACUGCCCAUUUUGUAUGUAAUCAAAAUAUGAGAAUAAAAACUUU